AUGUCUGUUCUCAACGAUUCCAAGACCGGUGAUACCACUAGCGCGAGCGACGACUUCCGAGUCAAGGUGCCCCCCGGCGUACUCGAGCAUGCAACGUGUACUCGUGAUGAUCUUGAAGUUGAACGGAAGUUGCUGAGGAAGCUUGAUUUGCGCAUGUCCAUAAUCGUGGUUAUCUUUACACUUAACUAUAUUGACAGAUCGAAUGUUUCCAAUGCACGGUUACAAGGUUUUGAACAGGACCUGCACCUGCAGGGGCAACAAUACGCCACGAUCUUGUCGAUCCUAUUCAUCGGGUACAUCAUUAUGCAAGUGCCAGCAAAUAUGUUUCUGUACUGGUUAGGGAGACCUUCUGUCUUUCUUCCGUCUUGUAUGUUGGUGUGGGGUGCAAUUUCAGCAUUGACAGGGAUUACAACGAAUUAUACGGGGGCUGUUCUCGCCCGUUUCUUUCUUGGCUUUGCCGAGGGACCUUUUUACCCUGGAAGUUUGUAUCUAAUAUCUCGGUGGUACAAACGAGACGAGCUCGCCUUGAGAGUAACUCUCAUUUCAUGUGGAAUCCCGAUCAGCAAUGCUUUUGGAUCCCUCAUUGCAUCUGGUAUACUUCAAGGCAUGCAGGGAAAACUCGGUCAAGCUGCAUGGAGAUGGUUAUUCUACGUCGAGGGCAGCAUUACGAUGUUCGUUGCAGUUUGCGCGAUGUUCAUACUCCCCGAUUUGCCACACAACACGAAAUGGCUCUCUCCGGAGGAAAGAGCACUUGCUAUCUCUCGCCUUGCAGAAGAUGGUGAUAGUAGGGCUGAACUUUUGGACAAGACGAGCGUACAAGGACUGUGGGGUGCUGUGUCUGACUGGAAGGUGUGGUGGUUUACAGCCGCAUACAUUGCCCAGCUUUUAGCGCAGUCAUUCGCCGCUUACUUCCCGACGCUUAGCGCAACUAUGGGAUAUAACACAACAGUAUCUUUGUUGCUCUGCGCUCCUCCGUGGAUGUUAUCUACGAUAGCUGCGUUUGCUCUUUCGAGGUACUCUGAUAAGAAGCAAAAGCGUUACAUAUACUUUGCCGCUUCCAAUGGAAUCACGGCUCUUGGAUUCAUCGUAUCUGUCUGUACGAUGAACACGGCCGCGCGUUAUUUUUCGCUGUUUCUGAUGGCUCAAGUCUACGCUGGUUACAUGGUGUUCUGGGGCUGGGUCAACAAUACUUUCGCUGGAGAACCCGCGAAGCUAGCUGUUGCUGUUGCUAUAAUCAACGGACUGGGGUCAAUAGGAAAUAUUUCGGGAUCGUACGUCUGGCAGACUCAAUGGGGCCCGACAUAUCGGUAUUCCUAUGCUGCCUGCAUCGCGACGAUUAGUGUUUCAACGGGCAUGCUUGGUGUGAUGCAUCUCCACCUGAAACGUUUGAAUAAACACAUCGCGAGGGAGGAGCGGAAUGGGAGGGAUGACGGGGCUCUUAGUGGCACCGUUGGUUUUAGAUAUUUAGUGUAGUAGGAUCGAUGGGGUUCUCAUACAUGCGGUUGAUGCAUAGACAAUAUUUAGUUCGAUCAGUUA